AUGUGGAACGACGAAGAUAAUAACCCAUACGGGGCAUUCGACACCGAGGCCCAUCUCUCUGAUUCCCUACACUCCGCAGCGCUCUCACCUCCUCUCUAUGAUCGCGAGUCCACCCCUCCCUCCCCCUCCAGUCGGUCGUCAGAACAGGACCCGCCCGACUUUCUCUCACGCCAGGAGGACCUCAGCGAUGAAGAAAACCCUGGCGAAUAUGGUGUUCAGCCAAACACCCAUGGAUACCUUCGAAAGAGUGUCUAUGACAGCCGUAUAGAACAAAUCCUCUAUGAGAACCCGGAGAUGCCGAUUCUCAUUACAGAUGCCGGAAAGAACCAUGAGGGUGGCGGGGGUUAUAUAGUCUACACCAUACGGACUGGGGAUCUGGAAGUUCGUCGACGAUACUCGGAAUUCGCCUCCCUGCGACAGACACUUGUCAACCUACAUCCAACCCUCGUCGUACCUCCAAUUCCCGAAAAACAUACAAUGGCAGACUAUGCAGCUAAGCCGACCAAGGCCAAAGAAGAUACAGCUAUCAUUGACCUGCGAAAACGCAUGUUGGCCGUAUUUCUGAACCGAUGUCGUCAGAUGAAGGAGGUCCGGGAGGAUGGUGUCUGGUGGAGGUUUCUGGACCCCAAUGUUAGCUGGAGUGAGGUUCUCCAUUCCCACCCUGCGUCCUCGGUGCCCAAAAACAAUCUGAAAGCUCCUCCCCUCGACCCCGCAAACCCAACGGCUGCCCAUGCAUGGUUACCGGUUCCUGCAUCAUCUGCGAAGCUCAAAUCGGGCUCGGGUGGUGCACCUUCGGGCGCGCCUUCGACUGAUCAAGUUAGCAGUCCGUCACCAAUUGCUCCCGGCUCUGAUGUACUGGGACGUUUCCCUCCCGAAUCACGGAAACUAAGCGAAAAGGACUUGGACCCGUAUUUCAUCAAUUUCGAGGCAUCUACCCGUGAGCUCGAGUUGCUUCUCCAGGGAAACAUUGAGAAGGUGAAUCGCCGCACACUGGCGCAUCUCUCUUCGCUCUCUGCGGAUUUAAUGGAGUUGGGUGCACGUUAUAAUGGUUUCUCGCUGUCUGAACAAUCUCCAACUGUGGCUGCGGCGGUUGAACGUGUCGGCCAGGCGGCAGACACGUCUUAUAUCGAAACCGAGGAAUUAUCUUCCGCUCUGAGCGCAAAUUUCGCGGAGCCCAUGAGAGAGAGCGCGCAGUUUGCUAGUGUGGUCCGCAGUGUUCUACGAUACCGAGUUCUUAAACGGGUGCAAGAAGACAUGACACGGGACGAGUUAGCAAAGAAAAAGACAUUAUUGGACUCUCUAGAACGGAGUGAGCUUGAAGCAAAGCGAAUUGAGCAGUAUUUGAACCGUACAUCUCCCCCUUCAGGAGCAACGAAGCAGCGCUCUCUGUCCACUUCGUCGGCAGCCACUGCCCCUGACGGUCAUGAAAACGAGAGACGGCCCAGUGGUCAUGAGGAGACUGCAUCUAUUGAUUCUGAUUUUCCCCCUACCCAUGGGGAGUCUAUCACCUCACCCUCGCCGGCAUCGCACAUCUCUCCGCAAAGGAGACCUGAUUUGAGCGCAUCAUCUCCCCCUGCACAUCGCAAAACGUCGAGUGGAACUUUUAUGAGUAACAAAUUAUUUGGUCGCAUCAGUCAUGCCGUUCAUGGCUUCGUGGAUGUUGAUCCGGAAAGGACACGUCGGGAUCAAAUCGGAAAGACCAAGGAGAGUCUAGUCCAGCUGGAACAAGCCCUUGAGGUAUCAGAGAAGGAUGUCAAAGACGCUAGCGCAGGGGUUUUGCAGGACCUGAAGCGCUUUCAGAAAGACAAAGAGACCGAUCUGCGGAGAUACAUGGUUGCGUAUGCCCGUUGCCAUCUAGACUGGGCUCGCAAAAACCUGGAGACAUGGACAGAGGCGAAGGAUGAAGUGGAUAAGAUCGUCGCUCGGUAG